CCCAACCUCACUGGGCGUCUUCACUCUUGGACUCUUGUCUCGACUCACUGGCCCCAGACACCGACCACCCCUCCACCUCAUCCGACCUCCGCAGCUCACGCAGCACCGCCGCCCGCCGCGCAGCCCCAGUCUUCAGCUCGUAUAGCUCGUCUCGCUUGUAGUGCUGUAUGGCGAGUUUCCGUCUGUUGAGGAUGGUGCUGAUGGGUUGGAGGUCGGGAGGGGGCGUGGCGUUGGGGAUGAGCUCGAUGGACUCGGUCGCCCCCGUCAUGUGCACAAUGGCGUACAUCAGGCUGCAUGGCAUUGCACAAGAGGGAGGGAGGGUGGGUGGGUGGGCGGGCGGGUCGGGUGUGGUCCUUUGUUUGUUCGCCUGUUCUGUUCUGAGUCACUCACUCACUCUUUGGAUUGGAGUUUGGUGUGGACGUGUCUGUAUGGCUGGCCGUUGAGGAGAACCCACAGCUCUCCCGCUGUCGUCAUCAGCACACCGAUGGUCGUCCCCACCUGCAAAUACCCGUCCAUCCAUCCAUCCAUCCAUUCAUCCUUGGCCCUCCGCAAUGCGGAGGGCUUACUGUGAACAGGCUGGCGUCCCACUCGACCGUGUCCCACUUCUUGUGGAAGACGUGGCCGUCAUACCCUGACAUACACCAACACCACAGACAGACAGACGGACGGACCACCGAUGUCAAGGAGACAUGUACCGGACUGACUGCACGGGUUGGCUGACCCAUGACAGCGCACUGAGGGAUGUCCUCGACGUGCAGCAGCUUUGAGUGCGGGAUCUUUAGGGGCGGCACCGACGUCAUGCCCACACCAAGGCUGCCCGCACCACGGUCCUUCGCGCCCUCUACCCGCAUACAGAGACAGACAGACAGAGAACGAGACACGAACCAAAUGCAAAACAAACGUGUGGGUCUUUCUUCCCCCGCCCACCUGCCAGUAUUUUGAGUUGGAAGUAGUGUCCCUGCGGCGUGACGGUCGCCGGCCCGUCGCCGAACAGAAGGAUCCCCACAUCACUAACGUGCUACACAGACAAGAAGCGCAUCCAUCCACACCAAAGACAGACACCGGCUGGUCUGAUGGCGGCUGCGGUGGAUGGGAUGGCUGACGUCCAUACCAUGGCCUUAAGUGUAGCAAUUCUGUGGUGGUUCCUAAAUCGGCAGCCGGUGUCUCUGGGCACGUCGGGCAGCGCCCAGAGGCUCUUCAUCGUGGCCUUUGGGAUGUUGGGGGGGCCGUCUGGCGGGAAGUAGGUGGCCAUGAAGGCUGAUAUCUGGUGGAGGUACUCGAUGUCCGCGGAGAAGCGGCGGUUGGACGCCAACAGGUCUGCCACACACACACACAGAUGGACAAUGGCCGGGUAAGUGGACGGACUGAUGGAUGGAUGGAUGGGUGUGUGGCGGCCUUGAGGCACCCACCUUUGAUGAGGGUGCGGAGUUGGCUGUUGUUCUCCUCCAGCUCUGCAAAAUGGAGACAGACAGGCCGAAGGGUCCUUUGUGCCCGCCCUGGACCCACCUACCCACCUACCCACCUACCCACCUACCCACCCACCGUUGAUCCAUCUCUGCCCCUCUUCUGGCAUUUCCCGCUGGGCGAUCUUGACGCACAGGUUCUUCUUGUGCAUCUCUGUUCUUUGCCAGACAGACAGACAGACAGACAGCACACCCAUCCAUCCCCACACUAGCUGGUGAAGAGCACAAGAGCGCCUCGCCUCUUUCUAGUGUGAGCUCGCCGACCGAUGUGUGCCGCCUGUAGUGACUCGAGUCGUCGGCGCUUCACUAUCUGCAGCCGAUGGCCCUCAAUGAAUCCUGCAGGCGCAAGUGAGAGGGAGGGAGCAGCAUGGCGUCAUGCAUUAAUGACCCAGACAGCUGCCUUGCUGAGCUGACUCACUCCCUUUCUCGGCCUCGAGCAGCCCGACCUUCUGCGCCGUGUCUGACCAGCAAGAGACAGACAGGGAGAGGAGAAAUCACACGGGUGGGGUGCUUGCCUUGCGGUGUGUGUGGUCUCAUGAUUAGACUGACUGACCUUCAGACUUGCGCUUUGCCCAUUGCACCAGAUGCAUCGCGUCUGGAGGCGGAGGGCGGAUGGAUGGAUGGAUGGAUGGAAGGAUACGGACACACCCAUACAUAGGAACAGAGGAGACACGACAUUGGCCCUGCCUGCGUGUCUGCUCUCGUGUCUCUCAUGGCUGGAUCUUAGCUGACCUGACCUGACCUCUUUCAAGGAUGGCCGUCUCACGGAUCUCUUCCUUAAGUUCUGAAUGAUACACACACACACACACACAGAGAGAGAGAGAGAGAAAGAGAGAGAGAGAGAGGCAUAAGAACACCGAUCGGCGUCUCGACCAGCCCUCCUCCGCCUGUCUCACUUGCCUUCGUCUUCCCGCUGCAACUGUUCCACCAGCUGCUCGCGCGCCGCCGCCCACCUCAGCACAUAGUAGGGCCCCUCCACACUCAUCAGGUACCGCACCGCAUCCACCAUGGGCACCUCCGACCCUUCCUCAAAGAAGGUGCCCCACUCGCGGAAGUGGAUGUCGAUGCGGCUUGGCGAAUGGUGGUCUGGAGACACGUCUUCCCAGGCCUGGUGCUGCUCGUCUGGAGCGUCCAUUUCGCCUGUGGUGGUCUUUGUCUUCUUGGUGAUGUGUUGGCGUAUGCGGUCGUCGAGUGGGACGAGCUCGACGCUGUUGUUCUGGGUGAGACGCCGCAGCAGCAGACGCAUCAGGUCCUCUUGCAGAAGGGCAUCCCUGCAACGCCACCGCCAGCAACGGCAACGCCCACAUUUGCCCGUGUCUCCAGUGUGGUCUGGGCAUCUGCAAGUGACUGACCUUUCCGCCUCCCCUCCAGUGAAUGUGAGCUGGUUGAGGUCAAUCCUCUCCGGAGGGCACACGUCCGCCACCGCCACGUGGUCGUCGUGCAUGGCGUCACCUUGAGCAUUGCCACCAUCCGUCUCACUCUGAAGAACGAUCAACGCAUUGAUUGCCGCAUCAACACAAAUGUACUUAUGCACCUGUUCGUCGUCCUCAGUGUCUCCCGGGACAACAGGGAACAUCCUCGACGCAAUGUCAAAGGGGCCGCUCUCCUUCUUGACGGGCCUGCUCGCGUCUACCAGACGAUAAAGCGGCGGGAGGCUGUCGGCGUCAUACCCAGGUGGUCCCGUGAAGAUGAGCUUCCACUCGGGCUCAGCGGCUGCCUCAGAGUCUGUCGGCAACGGCCGGUCCGCCGCCCUCCGAGAGGCACGUUUGAGUGCCCUCGCCAGCAGGAUGUUGGGGUGCCGGUGGUCUUUGGCUAGAUCUUCCCACAGCCUCUUCUCCUCCACCAUGAGCUCACCGAUGACGGCCUUCCUGCUGCCGAGCACCUGCAGGGCGCCUUUGAACGACUUGGCGGAGUCGAUUUCCAGAGACAGUGAGCGCUGCCUCUUGACUUUCCGCGGUAGGGCUUCGUCCUUCCUGCCUGCCUCCUCCUCUCGUUUGAACGUGUUGCCCAUCUCGGGGGAGGCCUGAACGGUGCGCGGCUCCCAACAGAGCCUAAGGAAACUCUACCCCGGAUGGAUCAG